AACCCUGUGAUAUUAUAUAAAAGGCUGGACAUUUACAACAUUCGUAUUGUCUUCUUGACGCGUUUACGGUACUGUGAAGAGUAUUUAAAAACAAAAACAAAAAAAAAAUGUUUAAAAUUCUACUUCUUACUUUGUUAUCUGUGAUGCUCAUUGGAGAAUCUCUACAACAAGGGCCACCAGCAGGUGGCGGAGGCGCAGGUGGCCAAGGGGGCUUUGGAGCAAGCGCUGGAUUUGGUUUUGGGGCUCAAGGGGGAGCAAAUGGUGCUGGUGGGGGUAACGCUGGUGCUGGUGCUGGCGCUGGUGGAGAAGAUGGAGGUAGAAAUGGAGAGCAGGGUUUUGGAGGUAUUGGAUUUGCUUUCGGAGCUCAAGCUGGUGGAGGGGCAGGAGCGAUGACUGGAAAGAUUUGGGGAAGAAAAUAGUUUCAACAAAAUAUUGUUCCGUGACACAUGUGGGAGAAAAUCUCAAGAAUAAAAUAUUAAAAAUUCGCUUGUCCUAUAAUAAUGUGGAAACAAUAAUAUUUAUUUUUAAAAUUA